UGUAUGUUGGUUUGGUUAUGUUAACCAAUACCUGAUGAUUUACAAGAAAUUAAAAGUUAUCAAUGAAUUUGUAAAAUAUUAAUGGUUUUUAAUGUUCAAGUUGAUUUAUGGACAUUUUUAUUAAUGCAUAAAAAACUUGAAAAAAGAAGAGAAAAAUUCAAAUGUUUAAUCAAGUUACGGUGAACGAUGAAAUAAUGAAAAUAUAAAAGUAUUAAAUCUUAUAGGUUAUGUUUUGUGAUAAACUACUGAAUAAUUAUUAAAACAAUAAUAUUUAUUUUAAAAUUACUUUUAUAUAUAUACAGAUAUAUGUAUAUAUAAUAUAAUAUACGUAUAUUUUAAAAAGUAUUCAAAAUGUUUUCACAAGAAAAAUACAACAAGAAUACGUCUAUUGAUAUUAAACUUAACGAGCCAUUAACAAGUGAUUCAUGUUCAAAAAUAAUAGUAGAACUUAUAAAGUAUAUUUUAUAUCAAAAACAACAAAUUCCGUUUGCAUUUGAUACUCUUGUUCAACUUGGAAAAGGAAAACCAGCUGAUAGAAAUUUUUCAUCCACUAAAACCUUACAAAAUUCAUUGAACAAUCUCACUCAUCAACUCUCAUCUCAACUUCACCUAGCUGGAUGUAAUGUAAAAGAAGUUGUUGUAAUAAUAGGAGCUACAACGAUCUCACCUAAAUUUUGUUUAAAAGUAGAAUUACCUUCUCAAAUUUUAAGUAGUGAAAAACACAUUGAAUAUCAACAUUCAUACAGGAAACCUCUUCUUACUCUCAUGAAAUCACUAAUUGAAUGUUCCGACUUCCAACAAGCAAUCGCAACUCCAUUAAGUGUGACAAAUACAUUUGUAUUAGUGAAAAAGAGUGAUUCUAAUCCAAAGUCUGAAUUUUUUUUACCGAAGCCACAAUAUUAUCUACCUGUGCAAAUAUCUUGUUUUUCAAUUAAACUAUUUUAUAAUGAAGACGAUUUCAAUUCAGAUUGUACAUGUUCAAAUAUUGUUAAAGUGUACAAUGAUAAUCAACUUGAUAAAACAUCUCAAACUACUAUUAAUAUAGAUAAUUCCAAUGUAACAUGUAUGGAAACUAAUGUUCCUUAUAUUUGGUAUCAAUCAAAAGAAGUUGUAAAAGGGUUUAAAUUUUUUAGAUAACAUUAAUAGAUUGUUUAGAACAUUUAAAUUAAAUUUAUUAAAUUAAUUCAUUAGAUUGUAACGAUGUAUUUUAAAUUUUGAAUUUAUAUUGAAGCUAAUCAAAUUAUCAAUUUGAUUUUUUAAAACAAAACUUAUAUAUCAAAUAAGUAAUAUUCCAUUGUGACGAUUGAUAAAAUACAAAUUAAUUUCUCUAUAAACUUGAGUUCACUAUUUGAGGGUUAACAAAAAAUACAAGAUUAUCAACAUUUAUUUGAUUUAUUUUUUUAAAGUUUAACCAGACGAUCAUAUUCUUACGUAAUAUCUAAUAAAUGUGAAAGUGUUAUCAACUGUAAUGAUUAUGUGUAAUAUUUGUUAUCGCACUUACUACUAUUUUUGUAUUUACAUAUAAUUAUUAUAAAUUUAAUUGAUCAUAAUAAACACGAAAAAUAUAAUUU